UCUCUCUCUCUCUCUGGGAGCUGCUGCAGCUUCCUGGUGACCUGAGAAGCAGGAAGAAGCCCGGUGGCGCGACUCUCUCGCCUCGCUACGUGCCGCCGCCAUGGCCUCUCUCUUCAAGAAGAAAACGGUGGACGAUAUAAUUAAAGAACAAAAUAAAGAGCUAAGAGGUACACAGAGGGCUAUAGUAAGAGAUCGAACAGCUUUGGAGAGACAGGAAAAGCAAUUGGAAUUGGAAAUAAAGAAAAUGGCUAAGACUGGAAACAAAGAAGCCUGUAAGGUUUUAGCAAAACAGCUUGUGCAGCUGCGAAAACAGAAAACUCGAACCUAUGCAGUUAGUUCAAAGGUUACAUCCAUGUCAACACAAACAAAACUGAUGAACUCCCAAAUGAAGAUGGCAGGAGCAAUGUCAACAACAGCAAAGACAAUGCAAGCUGUUAAUAAAAAGAUGGAUCCACAAAAGACACUGCAAACUAUGCAGAACUUCCAGAAAGAAAACAUGAAAAUGGAAAUGACUGAAGAAAUGAUCAAUGAUACCUUGGAUGAUAUCUUCAAUGAUUCUGAUGAAGAACAAGAAAGUCAGGAUAUUGUGAACCAAGUCCUUGAUGAAAUUGGAAUUGAAAUAUCUGGAAAGAUGGCCAAGGCUCCAUCAGCUGCCAGAGGCAUGCCAUCUGCAUCAACAUCCCAAAGUGCCACAAUUUCUGAUGAAGAGAUUGAGCGGCAGCUCAAAGCUCUGGGAGUAGAUUAACUUCAUGGUAACAUGCAACCUGCCUUCUGUAACUGCUUCAGUGCCGGCUCACACAUGAACGUGAAAGACAAGUUUAAAUAAAAAACAAAUUCCUUUACAGAUCUUGCCUGAGCCAUUUUUGGUGACAAUAAAUUCUAGAGGCAGUUGGAACAAAUAUUUGGAAUCAGCUGAAAGAGAACAAUACAACGUGUUCAUCAUGCAGAAUUUUUAUACAUCUGACCAAAUUGGAUUCUACUGUAAACAGGAGCAACUGUUACAUACAAUCUAAAUUUGGAUUGGGUGCAUUUAGCUUUUUCUCCAAAAAGCACUUUGCUUGACCAACACUUCAUUUUCUUUUUAGGUUUCCAAACUUCCUGAAGUUAUUGCAAGCAGCCUUUCUGGAGGCAUUUCACAUGCAUCUAUUGCAACUACACCAAGAGACUUAGUAAUUUAUAAUACGAUUAAAUAAAGCUCACUUUUUCUUUAAAUUGGAAGGUGAAUGUUGUCUUCUUCAAGUGAAGGAUGUAUAUUGAAAGUGUAGGCAGUCUUUUAUUAAGCGCCUUUCUAGCAAGUCAUUCUUGAUUCAGCCUUGUUUUAAAAUAUACAUUUCUGACAUAGUCCAAUAUUUUAGAACAAUACUGCAAUCCAAUUAUCUUAUCGGAAGCAAGGUUGUGGUCUAAUAAUAUUUUUUAUUAGCAAAAUUGGUUGUACUGAAUAAUGUCCAUUGUACUGUAACAUAGCUAACUUGAAGAAAAUUAUGUGCCUUUGUGUACAUAGGGUGAGAUACUCAUGCAAUGAGACUUCUCCUUCCUCUUUUCCCUCCUACAGCCCCUCAUGUGCCCGCAAAAUGGGCUCUGGAGGGUUGGAGGGUGAAAAGAAACAGGAAGUUCUGUUGCACAAGUGGAUUUCCAUUGCACAAGCAGGUGAACAUCACUGGAUGUUUGCCCAUUAUGCUUGGUUUCUUUUAAUUAAGCUUUGGAUUGUGAAAAAAUGUAAUGUUAAAGCCAUUAUGUCAACUUACAUAGCACUGAAAGAGUUAUGUGAACUCAGCUGUAAUUGCUGCUACCAAGUAUGUAAUUUACUUUAACACCUGAAAUUGCAUAUUUUCUUGGAAUAUCAUUUGUACAUAUUGCUAUGCAGCAUUUUUCAUUGAACAAGUGUUAUCUUUGAAAAUACACUUUAUUGUUGAUAUUGUAUGUUUGUUCUAUGUCAUAUCCAGUUCAUGCUCACUUAAUUGGAAUUAUGUAUGCUUGGCUUUUUAAAGUGAAUAGGUUUACUUGGGUUUAAAAUUGCAUCUAUAGUAAAAUGGUGAAUAUCUUGGUGUGUUAUAGGAAAUAUAAUUCACAUGGUUUUAGAUUGUGAAAAGUGACUUCUCCUGAACUAGUGUAGCAGUAACAUUAAUAGUGAAAAUGAGAAUGAUCAAGAAAGUGACUGCUGAUUGUUUAUGAAGAACAGGACAAGAAAGUUACUAUGACUAUCAUCUUCCUGGAUACUCCAUAGGAAUAGGGCAUCAGCACCAAUAUUUGUGAGCCUAGGUAUCCAUUUUAGUAUAGAAUUAAUAAAUUUCUGAUUAAAGAUAGGAUCCAGGCAAUCUCAAGAACAUAUACAAUUUGAUUUUGUAAGGAUAUAAAAUGGACUUUAUGUGGCACUGUGGCUACUUUGGGGAAGCUCCUUUUUGUGGAUUUUUAAAAAAUCAAAUAAAAGCUUUUAGCUCCUUGA